AUGCGGGAGUAUAAAAUCGUUGUGCUCGGAUCUGGAGGAGUCGGAAAGUCAGCGUUGACGGUGCAAUUUGUGCAGGGAAUUUUCGUGGAGAAGUACGAUCCGACGAUUGAGGACAGUUAUAGAAAGCAAGUGGAAGUCGACGGUCAACAAUGUAUGCUCGAAAUCCUGGACACAGCCGGAACAGAACAAUUCACAGCGAUGCGCGAUUUGUACAUGAAGAAUGGCCAAGGAUUUGUGCUUGUCUACUCGAUCACUGCUCAGUCGACAUUCAACGAUUUGAUGGAUUUGCGUGAUCAGAUUCUUCGUGUCAAGGAUACCGAUGAGGUUCCAAUGAUUUUGGUAGGAAAUAAGUGUGAUUUGGAGGACGAGCGUGUUGUCGGAAAAGAUCAGGGACAGAAUCUCGCCAGGCAGUUUGGAUCGGCUUUUCUGGAGACGUCGGCGAAGGCGAAGAUUAAUGUUAGCGAGGUAUUCUACGACCUGGUCCGCCAAAUAAACCGUCGCUACCCGGAAUCCGGUCGCCGCCAGGGACAAUCCAACAAACAGUGCUGUUCAUGUGUUAUUAUGUGA